AUGCUCAAAGUGCAACCUCCAAAGGCAACAUUCAAUCCGAUUGGCGGCGUGUCGAACCACACUGUGACGAAUAGUGGCAAAACAAGGCUGGUGUUCAAAAUCAAGAGCUCGAACAACAAUGAUUACGGCAUACAUCCAGUUUUCGGAUUUAUUGAGCCGUCGUCAUCAACGGUUGUAAAGGUUACUCGCUUACCAGGAAAUCCCAAAGAAGAUAAAAUGAUUAUACAGUGGGUAGAAGCACCCGGAACCGUGAAGGAUCCCAAAGAGGCGUUCCAGCUGGCUUCGCCUUGGUUGGUACAGUCAAUGAAAGUUAUAAUGGAAGUAUACGCGGUCUCCCUCCGGAUCUAA